GAUCUCAGCCGAGAAGACAAUGCUUAUCGCGUUAACCUACCUUGGCACUCAAGCGUCAAUGUACAGCAUUGCUGACAAAUUCGACGUGAGUGAGUCGACAGUGCACAGUGCAAUUUGCCGCAUUCUUGGGUUCCUGCUCUCCAUCGGCGCGCGAGAAAUUCACUGGCCGGAUCACGAUGAAGGAGCGCGGAACAAACGCGCAUUUCAGGCUCUAUAUCGCCACCAAGGACGCGGAGCUGGCCUUCCAGAUGUAAUUGGGGCCAUCGACGGCUGCCAUAUCCGCAUUGUUAGACCCACGGAGCGCGAGGAAGAUUACUACAAUCGCAAGAAAUUUCACUCCAUCAUCCUCCAGGGCAUCUGCAAUGCGGACAUGGUGUUCACCGACGUGUUCGUCGGCUACCCUGGGAGAGCCCACGACGCCCGAGUGCUGGAAGAAAGCUUCUUCUUUGAGAACGCCACGGGGAAGUGUGAAGGAGGCUACAUCUUGGGUAAUGCAGCUUAUCCACUGCUGCCCUGGUUGCUGCCACCCUACCGACAGUGCAAAGGAAACUGGCAGCCUUGGAUGGAGAAAUUCAACGUCGUUCACAGUAGGCAGAGGGUGGUUAUCGAAGGCACGUUUGGGAUUCUGAAGGCACGAUUCCAGCGUCUGGCCUACAUCGAUGUUGCGUCAAUUGAAAAGGCAGUGGAGAUUGUCAUGGCAGCCUGUGUAUUGCACAAUAUCAGCAUGAAAUGUGCUGACGAAAUGCAGGAUGUGGAAGGAGUAGAGAGUGGCACAGAUGUUUCACCGAUAGAUCCACUCAAUGCGCAGCAGAUGUCCUCCCUGGCAGCCAGGAUACGGGACACCCUGGCACAAAGUUUGUGAGCAUGUCGCCUGUUCGACAUGAUACGGGGUCUGUUAGAAAAGUAGCCGACAUUUUUUUGCGAACACCUGAUGGAUAUGAAGCAAGCGCGCUUGCAUCAGCUGACCUUGAACCUUCCUACGCAUGCGCGAAUUUUUUCUCGGCUGUUGGUAGCGUCAGUCGUUGGGACGCAGCAUUUGAGUGAGGUAGUGCGCAAUGCUCUCGUCGGUUUUUUUAUUCAAGGAAAAUGGCGGUGCGACUGGAGCAGCACUACUGCAUCGAAUUUUGCUAGGAACUGGGUGACAGCCAAGUGAAAACCAUUCGGGAGAUUCAGACGGCU